GAGUAUGCAUUCAAGAUUGAGAUUGAUACGCACGACAUUGUGGCUAUUGCUGUUUGUUUACUAGUUGGCAUCUCACACAUCUAUAAACGUCACUGGAUCACGAACAAUAUACUAGGAAUAGCAUUCUCCAUCUAUGGUAUUGAGAAUCUUCAUCUGAGUAGUUUCAAGGCAGGAUCUCUUCUUCUCGCCGGUCUAUUUAUCUAUGAUAUCUUCUGGGUCUUUGGUACUGAUGUCAUGACUUCUGUUGCCAAGGGAAUUGACGCACCCAUUCUUUUACAAUUUCCACAGGAUCUUCUUAGGCACGGAUGGAAAGAUGCCGCUAAGCACAGCAUGCUAGGUCUGGGAGAUAUAGUCAUACCUGGCAUAUUUAUUGCUCUCUUAAGGAGAUUUGAUUUGAGGAUCACUGAGAACUCGGGACAGAAUAAGGGAGGGCGGUACUAUUUCAUGGUUACGAUAACUGCAUACGCUGUCGGUCUUCUCAUUACUAUGCUUGUCAUGCAUCAUUUCAAAGCUGCGCAGCCUGCUUUGUUAUACUUGGUUCCAUGUUGUCUAAUCGUACCACUUUUGCUGGCUACAAUCAGAGGAGAGGUGAAGGUAUGUUGAUG